UGAGUUGCGUCACUUGUCCUAGCAACUCCGGGCAGAUUUUUUCCCCAACCACUAGCCGGGCUCUUCUGCUUCUUGUAACAGCCCGGGCCGACAGCAGCGUGGCUGUUGGUGGACGCAGGUGGCGAGGCGUUUGGAGCGGCUGGCUCAGCAUGCGGUGCGCGGGCCCAGCCGCGAUGGUGGCAUUUUAUGCCGGGCUUUGGGUCUCUAACCUGGGGCCGGUGCUGGGCCAGGAGGCCGGGGCCGACUGUGAAGUAUGUAAAGAAUUCCUGAACCGAUUCUAUAACUCCCUGAUAGCCAGAGGAGUCAACUUUUCCCUGGACACCAUAGAAAAGGAAUUGGUCAGCUUUUGCUUGGAUGUCAAAGGAAAAGAAAACCGCCUGUGCUACUAUCUGGGAGCGACGAAGGAUGCAGCCACAAAGAUCCUAAGUGAGGUCGCUCGCCCAAUGAGCGUGCAUAUGCCUGCAACAAAGAUUUGUGAGAAGCUUAAGAAGAUGGACAGCCAGAUCUGUGAGCUGAAAUAUGAAAAGCAGCUGGACCUGGCAUCAGUGGACCUCUCAAAGAUGAGAGUAGCGGAGCUGAAACAGAUACUGCGCAGCUGGGGCGAGGAGUGCAGAGCCUGUGCGGAAAAAACCGACUACGUGGAUCUGAUCACAGAACUGGCCCCCAAGUAUGCAGCGGCGCCCCCCAAAUCAGAGCUCUGACCCUCGGGCGCCGCCGACGCGCCCUUGAUGGGAGACGCAGUGACUCUCCAGGAUACAGACUUGUGGGUUAGGAGUAACCGGGAGCUGCGCUGUAUGUGGUCUCAUACUUUUCCUUUUGCUGAUACAACCAAUCAAGACUUGCUUACGGGGGGGUUGUAAUUAAAAUGUAAUAUCAGUGGCAUCUUACAUUUGCAGUGUGCGAAAACCUGAAAGUGCCUUUCUCAUAAUGUUUGGGAGGAUUGUAUGUAUGUCAUCGUCCGUUUCCUUAAAAUUGGGAAACGCGAACGACUGAAAAAUGGAUGAAGUUGAGUCCAAGAAGGAAGACAGUGCCCAGACGUCCCCCCUCUGUGCACUAAUUUUUAAUUAAAUAUAUUGGUUUAGGGUAAAAGAACAAUGUUUGGUUUACCUAACUCCCACCUUCAACCCUAAGCAAUAACACGGCAUAAUCAAAAGGUUUUAAAGAGUAAACUGUGUAUUUUCAACUGCA